AGGUUUUUAAUAAUCUCACGGUCCACUCAAUUACUAUCAGUAACAGAACACAGUUAUUAAAAUCCUCUUCAAGAAGUAUCUCUUCCCUUUAUAUAUCACAAUCUCAUACUUCUUCCUUAGAACACUGAGCCAAACUUCAGAAACCAUUCCCUUCCCAUUUUCCUUGGAUCCAAACACGAACUCAGGAAAAAUAUGGCACUGGAAGCAGUUCCAGCAACCCCCAGAUCAAUUGAUUCAAGUCCUCGGAUUUCUUUCUCUGCUGAUUUCCUUGAUGAAACCAACUUCAUCUCCAUCAACCCUCAUUCUCACAUUGAGAAUAAAGAAGAGAAUGAUAAGGAGAGGGAGAAGGCAAGAGCUGCAGAGUUUGAGUUCCUGUCCAGCAAUAUCAGCAGCCAUACCAUGUUGACAGCUGAUGAGCUUUUCUUUGAGGGGAAGUUGCUUCCCUUUUGGCAAAUGCAGCAUUCUGAGAAGCUGAACAAGAUCAGUCUCAAAACAAAAGAUGCUGAAGGAGAAGAGGAGGUUACCAAGGAGGAGAGUAGGGUAAGCUGGUUUGUUGAUGAUGACCCAUCUCCAAGGCCACCAAAGUGCACUGUUUUAUGGAAAGAGUUGCUGAGGUUGAAGAAGCAAAGAGCUUCAUCUUUAUCCCCAUCUUCUUCUUCCUCUUCAACAUCUUCUUCUUCUAGCUCACUUGCCGAUAUCGCCACCAAAGAAGAAGGGAAAGAAGGAUCUGGAAACAGAGAGAAGCAUGUGAAGAGGAUUAAGAAAGGGUUGGAAAGGACAAGAUCAGCAAGUAUCAGAAUUAGGCCAAUGAUAAAUGUGCCCAUUUGCACUCGAAUGAAGAGCAGUUCAUUGCCUCCUCUGUUUCCCCUGAAGAAAGGAAGAUUAGAAAGGUAAAAGUAAUAAUCAAAAAACUGAAAAAAUAGUUGAAUUUGAUCUGAUCUUUAUCAUUAGGGUUGUUCAAGAUGUGUCUUCUUUUUUUCUUUUUCUUUUUUUUAAUUUCUUUCAUUUCAUCUUCAUUUUUCUUUUGUGUUUAGAUAAAUCUUGGGAGUUUUAUGGACCUAAUGUAUGACAAUGUACAAGCUAACUGGUUUUGUUAUCAACCAAUUGACUAUGUACUGAUAUUUCUUCUCUCACAUAGAGUAGAACUUGAAUUUCUAGAGCUUCCACGGAUAACAGAAAAGAAGCAGUCAUACCACAUGCAGAUAUGCAGGGUCUGAGAACUAAAGGGUCCCCCCACUAUGGAAGAUAAGCCAAAAGGAAUCUGAGCAUAUGGGAUUAAACGAUCAUGAAUCUUUGAAUUAUUUUGGGAUGGGGUAAAAGAUCUGGAAAAGCUUGUGCUUCUUCUGACUUCUGAGUUCUGAUUCCCCCAUUAAGCUACUUUAUUUUUUAUGCAUCUGACCAAACAGCAAUCAGUA